AUGGAAGUUUUAGGACUUGAGAGACUCAAUGGCAAUAUUGGAAAGUUCAGGGGUUUUGUGAAAAUGAGCCAAGGCAUAAGAGGUUUGGUUCAAGGAUGGGUGGCUAUAAUAAUGGGGGUUUUCUUCGGCACCGUGCCAUGGUUCACGAUGAUGAUCGUCUACAAGAGGUCGAAGUUGCCACAGCACGUGGACGACAUGCUAGGCGUCUUCCACACCCAUGUUGUUACCGGCUUUCUUGAGGGUGUUCUGACAAGUUUGUUUGCAGAGCUAGCGCUUUGCGCCCUCUUCUUGCUAGUGACCAACUCCAGGGAAGGUGUUUACAGUCGAUCGGCUGGCGAAGUCCAAAUCCUUAAACAGAUUUUGGGUGCCAGCUUUGUGAUUGGGUGGAACCUCGUGGUAACGUCCAUCAUUUGCCUGAUGAUAAAACUGGUUGCGAGGAUUCCAUUAUGGAUGUCGGAUGAACAGCUAAAGAUAAAAAAUGAUGCCCUUUAUGCUGACUUGUUUGUUGUAAUAUCCUAA